AUGUAUGCCAAACUUAAACAACUUGCAAAAGACCAGGUAGGCAUUGUAGUUUUCCUUUAUUAAUUGAUGAUUUAUUUAAGCACAAUUUGAAUACUUUUUUAAUCGAAAACAGAACGUGAAAGUGCUUAUUUUUAGCCGGUGAUCUGCGCUCUGUGUUAGACUAUUUAAGCAUACAGAGUUUAUUAAGCUUAAAUAUGGACUAUAAUUUUUUCACUUGCUCGAAGGUUGCUGGGCAAAUUGCAAGCCACAACGUGCCUGGUUAGUAAACAUCGAUAAAAAAGGCUCACACUCGUUUUACUUGUAUCGCAACCAUUUCAUAUUUACAUUCGCACCAAAACAUUGCAAUAAAUAAUAAGUAAAACGGAUGUAAGCGAGACGAGCAACGUAAGUCGAAAGACUCUAAUUUAAAGAACUGUCAGGUAUAGUAAAACAAUAGCUGUGCAGUAAGUUGGCUGCGUGAUUUCCAAAGGCGCAAGGGACGCGCGAGCAUCGUACGUUAAGAAAAGUUUAAAUUAAAGAACUUUUCAGUCGGGAGACGUUAGAAUAAGUACGGCGCACGUUAACUUGUUUCAACAUUCCCAGUCAAACAGUUUCUUAUCAAUCCAAUUCAGACUUCUUUUGCAUGCCUUUUACCUUCGUUUGUUUUCAUUGCAGUCUCUCUGGAGUACAAGAACCGCUUUAUUGCGCGACGCUUUAAGGUUUGUUCUGCUGAUAUUGUUCCCAAGUUUUUUUAGACAUCAAAUAGCUUGUGUUAUGAAGUAGUUUUGUGGUUGUUUUUGACAUUAUUAUCAUAAGUAUUUUUGGUAACAGUUCUAUUUGUUCUUUCUUCUUCUCGUGAUUUAAGUUUCGUUAUGUUUGGGUUUGAGGAUCAAGGUUAACUGAUAUAUGCGUUAACAGGUUUUUAAGUGUUAUUACCUUUUUAAUGGGUUUGUCGACAGAAAUGUCAUCAAGCUUGGGGUUUAAUUAAGUUUGAUUGUCAGUUUUUAAGUGGGUACGUUCUGGGACCAUUGCUGACCUUGAUUAUCCCCUACAUCGGAGUUCCUGUUUUGGUUUAAGGUUUAGCCUCGUGGAUUUAGCUGUCGAGCUUUCAUUGGUUUUCUUGUAGGAUUGUUUAUUCCACUUUUGUUAACAACGGGAAAUCCGUUAGAAGUCAUUCGGAAUAGCGUUCGUAACUCUCAUGAUCAGCAAGCCUAAACGUACCGGCGUUAUGCUUCUAUAAGUUGUAUAGUUGGAUGGUUAGUACAGAGUGACUAGCUGUUGUAAGAAGCUGACCUGAAGAAGUUUGUGUUGCCGUCAGUAAUUAAAAGAAAGAAAAGUAUCAAAGCUUUGUCAGAGUCCUGGAGUCCUCUCGUUUCAAUCCUUUCGAUAAACGAAUAAAAUAGCUCUAUUUCCGUUCUUUUGUUGUUUCUGUUUUGUUCGCGUUUUUUCUUUUCAAGGUCAUACGAAAAUCGUUCUACCAUCACAGUCCACGUUGUUGUGCCGCGUUAUUGUACGGUCUUGUUUUGGCCUAGUUGACGCCUUGUGUUGGUUUGAGCAUCUUACUAUUGAUUUCCGUGCAUGGCUCCCUUGUGAAUUGUGCUGUUUUGUUUUAAGUUAUUAGAACAAACGCUUGUAAUAGAAGAACAGCUGAGACGAGCCGAUACCAUGAAACUCAGGCAAGACGCCAACCAUCCUGGAAUGGCUUUAAAUGCAAGGUAAAAAUCAAAUCAAUCUGCAGGAUGGGUGUUUUAGCACAUUUUCGAGAACUGAGAUACGAUGAACAGGGGUUUUAACCAGCUGAGUCGUCACAAAAAGGCUCUUUUCUUAGAAGUGCGCUAUUGCUCUCCCCUCUCGACAACUUUGACCAAUCCUUACAUGUUUGACAAACUGGAAUGGCCCUUUUCGAUACUACUUCAGGCCCUACUUGAUUUGCAAACUUGAAGUGAGUCGUGUUUUUUUUUUACCCUCUCCGGUAGAUCUGCGGAACUAGAGUGCUUAACAGGAAAGUCACCAGCAUUUGUCCAAGGAGUCGUUAGCAGGAAACAAACCUGCCAAUGCAGUACUUCAUAA